UUUCACCCUAAAAAUAAAAUCAAAUUAAAUUAAAUAAGAAAAGCCUAUUUUUAGAGUUCUUCUAGUCAUUAUCAUUGUCAUAAGGGGAGAAUCUUGUGCUAAAUGAAAGUGAUGACGUGUAGCCAAGUAUGGUGUCCCAUACUCAGAAUUUGUGCUCUGCUUUUUACCCAACCAAGUGCACACACACACACACACCGUGAACACACACCAGGAGCAGUGGACAGCCAUUUUGCUGCGGCACCCGGGGAAUGACUGGGGGUUAGGUACCUUGCUAAGGGCACCUCAGUUGUGGGUAAUGAGAGUGGAAAAUAAUUGUCAAUUGUCAUGGAUGUAAUUUUGCAAAAAAGCCUUUGACCCAUAAUGAUCGUCUCCUCUUCUAUCUACGUAUCGUUCACUCGAUUGAUUAUUACAAACCGCUGUGGCAUUAUCCAUGUGCGAGGGCCCAUUCCCCCCAACCGCAUCACUCACAGAGAAGUUUCUGACUGGCAAAAGACAUUUGAAGAGAAGCUGGGACACUUGUUCAGUGUGAAGGAAAGCCUGUCUGAAGAUGGGCCGCAAAGAUCUAGAACAAGUUGAAAAGUUUGUGUUGGCCAACACACAGGAACUGGGCAAAGACAAGUGGCUUUGUCCUCUAAGUGGCAAAAAGUUUAAGGAGUGCUUUCACCUGGAGGUCUUCCAUUCCCACCUCAGGCUCCUCAAGGCCAGCCCAGACCUCCAGUUAUGGGUUAUGGAGGUGGAGUUGGCAGGGGCAACUACGACAACUUCCGCGGACAAGCCGGUUACCCUGGAAAACCUAGAAACAAUCGGUGAGACUCUUUUCUGUGUGGAUGAUUUCUUGCGAGUGGAGUUUGCUCCAUGUGAACAGUUCCUUUCUGGUUCACACAUUUGUAUUGUGUGUAUUAUGAAAGUUUUUCCAGUGUUUCAUGGUCGUGACAUCGAAGUUGAACGACUGGAUAUAACGAAGAAGAUAGAAAUGGAUUGUUCUGAAGAAUACAUUAAAAUGGAGAUGGAAUGUGAACCCAGGAAAUCAUUACGGAGAGGUCGUCCAUUUAGCAGACAAACUGGCACCCUUGUGCUUCUAGGAACAGUCUGCAUGAUUAUUUUCAUGAUCCUGAACUCUGUCAUCUUUUCAAAUCAAUCAAGAAAGUUCUCAAUGCUGGAGAGUUGGAUGAACAGCCAUACAUCUGAUCUAACCUCUGUCAAAUCAGAGUUUCAGACCACAGGUACUGACCUAGAAAAAAAGGUUUCUGAGCUGCAGAAUUUGGUGUCCAGCCUGAGUUCAUAUUUGAACAUGUCUGAACCAAGUAACCCAAUGACCAACGAAAUGCACGAAAAGAAGUUGUCUAAUAUUGAGACCUUGAUAACUGAUCUUCACUCGUCACUGAGUUCACACACAUCCAAACAAGAGGAAAACCUGCAAAAUCUGGCGGACAGUUUGAUGUCAUCUCUUCUUUCUCUACGGUCUUAUUCACGCACACACCGCAUCUCGAUUGACAUGUCAGGCUCAAUGACAGACGUGAAGCGUUCAUUGGAGGAAAUAAGAUCAUCUAUUCAAACUCUUUCUUAUAAGCUGUUAUUUACCAAGUCAUUUCCACCAGGCUGUUCUGAACCUGAUUGGAUCCCAUUCAGCAACAGCUGUUACUUGUUCUCUAGAGACACAAUGAACUGGACCCAAGCAAAAGAUUACUGUGAAGAACAGGGCGCAUUACUCUUAAAAAUAGAAGAAGGCUCUGAGAAGGAGUGGGAAUUUGCUACCAAUUUCGUCAAACCACAAGAGUACUGGGUCGGUCUAACGGACCAGAACACAGGGGAGUGGAGAUGGGCGGAUGACACUCCUUACACCAUGAAUAAAGCACAUUGGAGACCUGGGCAGCCAGAUGAAUGGACCGACCAUGGCUUGGGAGGGAAGGGAGAGGAAGGAGAGGACUGUGGGCAAAUUUCAUAUGAUGGGAUGCUUAAUGACAUCCACUGCUCUUCCAAACUGAAGUAUAUAUGUGAAAAGGGAAAUCAGGGCUGAAAGUAGCUGCAGCGAAGUGUGGUCAAAAUUGAAUAAAUAAAAUUUUAAAAGCACUGUACGAAUAGGCUUUGCUUUGAGUGUAUUGAGUUUGUGUGGGGUGUGGGGAAUGUCCCGAAAUUGUUUGUCUUUGUUUAAUUUUGUAAAUUACAAAUCACAUUAAUGAUGUGUUUAUCAAUGUUGUGGUGUAGUUACUAAUAUGACCAAAUUAAUAUCUCAUUCUACCAAAUUAACCCUUCUCGCUUUAAUGUUCAACAGUCAACAAAUCAACAGAUUCACACUGAUAAACUGCAAUAAAAUAACUUGUCUCCCUGUCAUGCCAUAGAAAGGAUCUUAAUGAGGUCCUGAAUAUUGUGAUUAAAUAAAUUAUUUUAAAACUUCAAAA